CUAGACUGUUAUUUCAAACAAUUCUCGACAUCAAAAAAGUGUGGAAAACUUGAACAAAAUUUAUAAAGUAAAUUCAAAAAUGUCAAAAACAUUGCAUGAGAGUCAAGAAGAGUGCAAACAAAAACUAGAGCAAGUGGUUAGAUUCAACAGAAAUCUGCAGAGAAACGAAGUCCUUACCUUGCACUACCUUGGACAGCCUUAUGUCGUGAUGUCACGCAGCCCGUUGCUGCGUCUCAAGUUGCCCGUGAGCACCUUUAAUUACCAGGAUGGCGACGAUUGUGGCAUUGCGUUGCAGUUGAUAUUUACCUGCCCGGUCAAUUAUCCGCUGCAAUUGCCAAAAGUCGAUCUAGUUGAGAAGCGGAAUGUCAGCAACGAGUUGGAGCUGAGUCUGCGCAUGGAAAUUGCUUCGACGCUGGAGAGGCAUUUGGGGCUUUAUAUGAUUGUGGCAGUUGUCACUCAGCUGCAAAUGCUGCUCAACAAUAUGGCCAGGCGAUUGCCGAUGUCUUCCAGAGGCUACUGACAUGUGGUGACGAGCUGAAGCUGACGCUAGAGGGGGAAAUGCUGUGUGUGGAGUGUGGAGUGGAGCUCUUAAAUGUUGAGUGUAUUUCGCUGUCCCAACUGUGCGAUUGCAGUAGUAGUAGUAGUUGUUGCCAGUCAUCACCAUGCUGAGGUGUAUGUCCUUGUUGUCUGGACGCGUACGAACGUGCACAAACAUGUUUGCUGUGCCCGUUGCCCGCUGCCCUUACGCAGAAUACGUGACUUCUGGCAUUGACAUCAUUGGCGGGCGACCUGAAGUGUGCAACACUUGGCCAAACGUUAACACGUGCCACAGCAGAUGAACGCAACGCGCCACGACGACAGCUCAUUAAUUGGCGACUGUGGCACUUUCAGUCCAGUUUCAGCUUCCACCCCGUCCAAAUUCGGUCCGGGCCGGGCCGGGCAUUGCAUUAACUUAUCUUUUAUGCGCAUGCCAAAGCAUUUGCCAUAGUUAUCCUAUCUUAAAAGUGACACUACGACUCUGCUCAGUUAGCAUAUCCACAUAUACUUUACAUAUACUUUUUAGCUUCUAGCUUCAGUGCUACAUUUCCUUCCGACGCCGCCGCCUCAGCGCACUACAAAUUGGUUGUAAAAAAAGGAGCAAGCAAAGGAAUAUGUGUGGCAAAGACUGGCACUGAGCGCAGCAGUCGCUUCCUUGGGCGCAUCCUGUUUAUCCUCAAAGAUGCAGCAACGUCAAGUCCUUUGCUCUCAUGCCGGAUGUCUCUGGACUUUUGGGGCCAAAUUGCUAAAAACGAACACGAUUGCAUGCCAAGCCAAAAGUCUUUUUUUCUUUUCUAUGUUACACAUAAGGAAAGUCUAAAGUGCUUAACGUGAUGAGCAAUGCAUCUAAAAACUUGUACUAAGUCAAUCGAAGAUGCAGUUGUACUUAAGGGAAUAACUAUUGAAAUUGAUCUUUGGAUGUGUAUUGCUGGAAAUUUUUAAUAAAUAGUUCUUAAUGCUACAUGUUAGUGUUAAUGCACAA